AUGCGUGCUGAGGGACUUCUCGCCGUUCUUUCGGCCGUCGGUGCCAACGGCAUCCGCAUCAUCCAAGCCAACGACGAUGGCUGGGCCGAGCAGUAUGCGCGCUCGUUCCACAAUGGUCUGAUUGCGGCUGGCCACGAUGCGGUGCUCUCGGCUCCCGCUGAAAACAAAUCCGGAACCGGUUCCUCGGAUGCUGAGCCCAGCCCUAGGGCGUCGGCCUGCCAGUAUAACAGCUGCCCUGCCAACAGCGGGCCCAUCGGGCGGAACGAAACUGACCCGCGAUUGAACUGGGUCAACUCCUACCCAGCUACUUCCAUGCGGUAUGGCAUCGACACGAUCGGCCCCCAGCUUUGGGACGGCGCAGCCCCCGAGUUCGCCGUUGCUGGUCCCAACGUCGGCAGCAACCUCUUUUUGGCCGUUCAGUUCUCUGGUACCGUUGGCGCGGCCGUCUACGCUGCCAAGACUGCGAAGAUCCCCUCCAUCGCUUUCUCCGGCGCUUCAGACGGUACCAUCCCCUUCUCCGACCCGGAGGCCCCGCGGAGCAAGGUGUAUGCCGACCUCGCCACGAGUCUUACCAACGCUGUCAUCGACAGCGGCAUGCCGUACCUCCCUGAGGGUGUCUGGCUGAAUGUGAACUUCCCCAAGGUGGAAGGCCAGUGCACCGAUGUCAGCCAGUUCAAGUGGGUGUUGAGUCGUAUUAACGUCGGUGUGUUCUCGGAGCCGGAUACUGAGCAGUGCGGCGGGACGAGGCUGCCCACGGAGACUUCGGUGUUGGAUACGGAUGGCUGUUACAUCUCGGUUAGUGUGGGGGAUGCCAACGAUAAGACGACUGCGCCGGCGGAGAAGCAGGCGGUGGUGUUGGAGAAGUUGCAAAGCAUCCUCACUUGUCUCCCGUAA